UUCAGUUCCUAAUAUGAAUGCUUUCGUCAUAAUAGGUGGAGUCCUUGGUGUACUGCUACUUUCGAUGAGCUGGACUAAGGUGCUCCUUAUAUGCCUCGGUAUUGUUGCUAUCUUGCUGGCAAUACUGGUAGCAUCUCAAGAGAAAAUGCUAUAUAUGCCCGAGGUCCAGGGGUUCACCACUGUCGGUUCCAAUCCGCCAGGUAUGCGCUCUCCUGCCGAACUCGACAUGAAAUUCGAGAAUAUCAAAGUGGCAACUGCUGAUGGUCAGAGUAUUCAUGCUUGGUUCAUUCAUGCCAUUGGAGUUGCUGAUUCGUCAGUGGCACCAACAAUCGUAUUCUGCCAUGCUAACGCUGGGAAUAUGGGUUUAAGAAUGCCCAACUACAGGCAGCUAGCUUCGUUUGUGAAAGCCGAUGUUCUCGCAUUCGACUACAGAGGCUUUGGCGAGAGUACGGGCAAGCCAAGUGAAGAGGGUAUCAUGCUCGAUCUGGACGCGCUGUUCCAGUGGAUACAGAAUAACCAACAGCUGGUCGAUCCUGAAAAUAUAUUUUUGUUUGGUCGAUCGCUCGGUGGCGCAGUCGCAGCAGAGUAUGCUGCUAAGUUAGUGGCUGAGGGUCAUCCACCUAGGGGUGUUAUAUUGGAGAAUACAUUCCUCUCUAUAUCGCUCAUGGUGAACUCGUUGUUCCCUUUCUUGCGAUUUGACUGGGUCAAGAAGCCUUUCUUGAGGCUUAGAUGGGAGACUUACAAGCACGUUGAGAAACUUGGAAAGAAGACAUCCGUUUUGCUUCUUUCGGCAGCCGACGAUGAAAUAGUACCUCCGUCUCAUAUGACUAAAUUGCAUGACAUUUGUAACGACAAUGGAAUGGAAUGUGUCUUCGAAAGAUUCGAGAACGCUACUCAUAACGAUACGUGGCAAAAGGGAGGCCGAAGGUACUUGGAAGUUUUGAGGAAGUUCGUGAACGACCGCAAGCUCGCUCCGAUGCCUAAGAUCGUUGAAGUCGGGUAA